UUUUUAAGAGGCUAGUUUGUUUGUUCUCUCUCCUCCCGAUCUUUAUAUAAACCUGAAGCCUCAUAGUUUUGUUACAGGCCCACUCACUUUUCUUGAAACUAGCAUUUUUUUUUUUUUUUUUACUUCCAAAGCUCUAAAAAAAUGGCAGCCUUUUCAUACCAACACCGCCAUCCUUUUCUUCUUGACUCUGGUUUCUUGCCAAAUACUAAUCCUAUUAAGGUGUCUGGAUAUAUAGAGGAAGAAAAUAAUGAUAUUGAUAAUUCCAAUUUAUUCUCUCAGUUUUACCCACCCAAGCCUCUUCAGGACAUUCCUCUUGAUGCUAGAGUUCAUGAAACUAGCUGUCUUGAUUACAGUUCAAAGGUUGCUCUUAGUGAUAAUGAGCCUUCUGUGACCAGAAAACAAAGCACAGACUCCUCCACUGUUGUGGAUAGGCUUGAAAGUGGUGAGCAGGUCACUCAGACUCUGGCUCACAUGGACAAGAAGAGGAAGAACAGAAAUGGUUCUUCUCCAAAUUCUGCUCAAUCUAAGGAUGCAAGCGAAGUGAAAAGCAAGAAGCAAAAGAAGUGCAAAGAUACCCAGAAAGUUGAAGAAGAUAAGAAACCUAAAGCUGAAAAGAAAGAAAAGAAGAAAAUUUCUGAUGAACAACCACCCACUGGUUAUAUUCAUGUUAGAGCCAGGAGGGGUCAAGCAACAGACAGCCACAGCUUAGCUGAAAGGGUGAGAAGAGAGAAAAUUAGUGAGAGGAUGAAAAUAUUGCAAAAACUUGUGCCUGGCUGUGACAAGGUAACUGGAAAGGCCCUCAUGUUGGAUGAAAUAAUCAAUUAUGUGCAGUCCCUGCAGAAUCAAGUGGAGUUUCUGUCAAUGAAACUUGCUUCAGUGAAUCCCAUGUUCUAUGAUUUUGGAAUGGACCUAGAUGCAUUCAUGGGCAGACCAGAGAGAUUGAAUGCCAUUUCUUCACCAAUGUCAUCCAUGCCACAAUGCAGCCCGUGCCCUGCCCAGGUCACAACUUUUGCUGAUACAACCACCACUUAUGCCACACCUGAUAACUAUCCUGUUCUUGACAGUGCAGCGGCUUCACUAUUACUUCAACAAGGCCAAAGGCCAAAUGCCUUCUCUCAGGAUAAUGGCGGUCUAUUUUGGGAUGUGGAGGACCAAAAACAAAGGUUUCUUAAUCCAUAUGGGUUCACCAACAACUUGUGUUCUUUCCAUUAAUGUUUAACAUUGAGCUGCCCAACAAACAUCUUGCUUGCCGGGAGAUUUCAUAGCCUAACCGAAACCGGAAAAAGGAAAUUAAAAAAAAAAAAAAAAAAAAUGAAAGAGCACCGAGGAAU